AUGGCGACGGCUGGGAUGCACGUGCUGAUGCUGGCAGCGCUGGCAGUGGGGCUGCUGGCGGCGGCGGUGAGUGGAGCGCGCGACGCGAUGAAGGUAGCCAAGGGCCUGGUCCCCACGGACGUUGGGGGCAAUGGGGUGGCUGGCGGGGCGGCGGCGGGGCAGCAGAGGAAGGGCGCGCGCAUUCUGGCAGCUGAGACCUUUGCUCACCAUGCUCCUCUGCCCGACUACCUCGACCACAUCCCCCGCCGCCAGGCCCUUGCCACCUCGUGUGGGCGCAUAACGGUGACGAUCCGCUCGCAGUACCUGGGGCGGUACGACCUGCACAGCCUAACCUGUCUCCUGCUUCCUUCCUCCCCUUUCUCCCUUACCUCCUUCCCCUGUCCCUCUUCCCAACAUGUGGGCGCACGACGGUGA